UCCCUGGAAGCAAUGGAAGCCUUGGAGGAGCUACUUCAGGACGCCAACAAUGCAACAGCUGUGGCGAGAUACAUGUAUACCAUUGGUGGGGUAGAUAUAAGAGAGAUGGUUGACAGAUUUAUGAAGGAGACGCUCACCAACAAUGUUGCAAAAAUGUACAACAUGAAGGGGUUGAAGGGCAAACAGAAGUUCGGAGACUUGUCACUGCUGAAAAUCCUGUUCCGAUGUGUCCAGAGGAACCCAGCCACCCAUCAAUCGACAUUGAAGGACGUUGAACUGGAAGUUUCCAAAUGGUUGACAGGUUCAAGAGACCGUGAUGGGGGGAGGACAAACCGGAGAAAGAGACCAACGCAAGGAAAUUCUUCAGACAAUGCUGAGGAAAACUGAAAUUGUUUUUGAACUUUAUAAAAGCAUGCCUCAAAACAUUUUGUUUGUAGGGACCUCGUGUUUGAAAUGUGAGUUCAACCAGUUGCUAGUAUGUAUGUUGCACCAACACUGUUUAUAGGUCGUAUGGGGCCGAACAGGACUGCAAAUGUUGGAAUUAAAAAUUCCAGUCCUGUUUGGGGCCAUUUGACCUAUAAACAGUGUUAGUGCUACAUAAAACCCAACCAAAUUCUUGUAAAGUUUUACAUAGCGACUGGUUGUACUCACAGUAGGUUUUUCUUAUUAAUUAGUAUAAAACUUACAAUGUCAAGGCAAUUUUUGAAAUAUUCAAUUAGAUAUUUUUGUAGUUAUUGAUGUAAAUUGGCACCUCCACAAUUUCAUUUCUUA